AGAACAACCGGAAAGCCCCAUGGGCCAACUUUGUGGUGGACGGCCCACAACCAAAUCUGGGCAACUUCACACCCGGCGUGGACAACAGACAGCACCACCUCUCGCUCCGCCGCCGCACCGCCGCCGCCGGCAGGGCACAGCCAUGCCCCCACCUCGCUUCCUUAUCGCUAGGCGCCUCUGCUCCGCCUCCGCAUCCGAUCCUGCCGGCACCCUGACGCCAUCCGCGGUCUCCGACGCGGCCGACCUCGCCGCGGCCGCCGCCCGCCGCGCACCGUGUUUCGAGUCCCGCCUCCUCUCCCAGGUCCCCAGCGGCGUCCUCUCCGACCCGGACUUUGCCCGCCUCACGCUCUCCCGCCUUCUCCCCGCCCCGAACCCAUCGCUCCGCUUCCUCCGCUUUCUCUCCUCGCACCUCCCAGCCCCCUCGCACGCCCCAGACGCCGCACCGGCGGGCGCAUCCCCUCCGCUGCCCGGGGUCGACCAGUUGCUCCGACGCCUCCCACCGCAACUCGCCGCCGACGCCGCCGACCUCCUCGCUUCCCACCUUGGCAUCCAUCCUUCCCUCCGCACCCUCAAUGCCGCGUCCCGUACCGCCCUCCGCGCCGCUCGCCCGGACCUCGUCUUCCGCCUCUUCUCCGCCUUCUCCUCCUCGCCCGACUACCCCGGCGAUGCCACCACCGUCGGCUGCCUCGCGCGGGCCUACGCCGCCCAGGGCCGCCCCCUCGACGGGCUCCACCUCCUUCGCGACGCCGCGCGCCGCGGGUCCCCGCCGCCGGCCGACGCUGCGGCAGACCUCGCGGGCGCCUUCGCGGCUGACGGCAACUUCGCCAAGGUCUCCGCGACGCUCCACCUCAUGAUCGCAGCCGGGUGCACCCCGAACAAUGUGGUCUACCAGCGGAUCAUACAUGGGCUCUUUGGUCGAGGGAUGGGUGAAGAGGCUCUGCGUGUGUUCAGAGAGAUCAAGCAGCGGGGCUAUGACAUUAACAGAAUUAUGUAUACCACGGUGAUCCACGGGCUAUUCAAAAUGCGCCGCACUAGAGAAGCACAGCAGAUGUGGGAUGAAAUGGUGGACCUGGGAUUCGAGCCUAAUGAGUAUGCCUACUGCUCCCUUGUCAGUUACUAUUUCAAAGCUGGUGACUUUGAGAAGGCCCGCAAGGUAUAUGAUGAAAUGCUUGAGAAGGGACUCAAGCAGACCACUGUUACAUGUAACAUUCUCAUCAAAGGGUUUUGUGUUAAUGAGAGGGUGUAUGAGGCACUUGAGGUGUUCGAGGAAAUGUCAAUUAAGGGGAUUGAGCAUGAUGUGAUCACUUAUAACACAUUAAUACGGGGCCUAUGCAAGGUUGGGAUGUUGGCCCUGGCAAUGCGGAUGUAUGAGUGGUUAGCAUCAUCCGGUUUGGAGCCUACAGUGUCAACCUUCAGUCCGCUCAUAGCCACCAUGUGUAAGGAAGGACAGGUGGAUGCUGCAGUGGACCUGAUCAAGUCUAUGCGGGCUAAGGGCUUGGAGCCAUUGGUCUGGAGCAAUGAUAGCAUCAUCAAUGGGUUCUGUAAGAUCGGUAGAUCAGAUGAAGGCAUGGCGUGGUUGGCAGGUAUGUUAAAGAACAACAUAAAACCUCGGCAAGAGACGUUUAAUACUUUGGUGGAAUCGCUGAGCACCUCAGGGCGAGUGGAUGAUGCGUUGCUGGUCCUAGAUAUAAUGUUCAAAGUUGGAUUCCAAUUAGGCAGGUUGGCUUGUACUAUACUUGUUGAUAAGCUGUGCCCAGACAAUGUAUCUUACUCCCACCAACUGGAUAAUAUUUUGGCGAGCAGCCAGUAGCAAAACUAUUAGCAAUCAAUUUCCUUGUGUAUGGCUGAAAUGUUUCUUUGGCCCUCCCAAGGCUGAUGUGUCCACCAAGAUAGUGUUGUUUUGGCGCUGUCAGAGAGGGUACUCAAACGCCUUCAGCAGAAGAUUCUGGUGAUCAGAAAAUUUUGAUGUUAUUAUUGGUUCAUAAUUGACUCUUGACUCGAGCAUUUUUGCAAUUGUGGUGGAGCUUGCCAAGUGUUGUAGCUCCUGUAGUGUCAGUGUAGAAUUUUCAUGAGGAAUAAAAAAUAGUUGCCAAUUUGUAUCAUUCAGAAAUGAGAAUAAUG